AUGGACGACGAGGUCCUUUCCAACUUGUCUCCGGCUCUGGCUGGAGACUCCGGGGCUUUCUACCCCAACGCCACGGACGACCCCGGCGGGUGGGUGUCGUCGGACAGCGGGGAUUCGGUGCACUUCGCCGUGCGCUGCGUCAUGACCUCGGUGUACAUCCUGAUCAUCACCGUGGGUCUGCUGGGCAACAUCACGCUGGUGAAGAUCUUCAUCACCAACAGCGCCAUGCGGAGCGUUCCCAACAUCUUCAUCUCCAGCCUGGCGGCCGGAGACCUGCUGCUGCUGGUCACCUGCGUGCCCGUGGACGCCUUCCGCUACUUCUCGGAGGAGUGGGUGUUCGGCGAGGCGGCGUGCAAGCUCAUCCCCGUCAUCCAGCUCACCUCGGUCGGAGUGUCUGUGUUUACGCUCACGGCGCUCAGCGCAGACAGGUAUAAGGCCAUAGUGAACCCCAUGGACAUCCAGACGUCCAGCGCCGUGUUCUGGACGUGUCUGAAGGCGGUUUCCAUCUGGCUGGUGUCCGUCCUGCUGGCUGUACCCGAGGCCAUUUUCUCACAAGUCGUCUCCAUGCAGGGCCACAGGGACAACACCAACGUGACCUUCGUCAACUGCGUCCCUUACCCGUUGUCCAAUCAGAUGCAUCCCAAGAUCCACUCAGUGAUGAUCUUCCUGGUCUACUUCCUGAUCCCUCUGGCCAUCAUCUCGGUGUAUUACUACCACAUCGCCCGGACGCUCAUCAAGAGCGCGCACGACAUGCCGGGGGAGGUCAGCGAGCACUCCAAGAGACAGAUGGAGACGAGGAAGCGCCUGGCCAAGAUCGUGCUGGUGUUCGUCGGCCUGUUCGCCCUGUGCUGGUUCCCCAACCACGUGCUCUACAUGUACCGCUCCUUCCACUACCACCAGAUGGACCUGUCGCUGGCCCACCUCGUCAUCACGCUGCUCGCCCGGGUGCUCAGCUUCUCCUCGUCCUGCGUCAACCCCUUCGCCCUCUACCUGCUCAGCGAGAGCUUCCGCAGGCACUUCAACAGCCAGCUCCGGUGUGGACGAGGCCCUCGCCCCGAGCGCCAGGCCAGCUACCUGCAGAGCACCUCCCACAUCCGCCUCACCUCCAUCAAGAAGACCACGCCCACCGCCGUCGCCGCUCUUCCCGCCGCCAACGGCAACUCCAGCAGACAGGAAGUGGCUCUGUGA